CGAGAGAAAGAUAACGGGACAAGCCGACUACCAAGAAGCCACUGAAUCGAAGUGGACGUCUAUUCCUGUUACUCACAGCUGACAUUAACUGUCCUGUAAAUCUUCUUUUGUGAGCCCAUCAUGCCGGUGGUGUUGCGUUCCUCUCCUCUCCUGUGGGCCCGUGUGGCUGCCAUGGUUUUCGCCUGCGUAGCGUUCAGCGUAGCUCUUUAUGGAGCGAAGCUAUCUCACGGCACGGGUGACUGGUGCAUUUUCUGCUGGAGUUUCAGUUUUGUUGGAACUCUUCUGAUAAUCUUAGUGGAAAUGUUUGGCCUGCAGACCCGCGCCCCUGUCUCAUGGAAGAACUUUCCAAUCACGUUCGCUUGCUACGCCUCCCUCCUCUGCCUCUCCGCUUCAAUCAUAUUCCCCCUUUACUUCCUGAAGGGAAACACUCAGCCUGAAGAGAUAAUGAACUGCCGCAUUGUGUCUACCGUAUUUUCUUGCCUUGCCACCAUCGCGUACUUAAGCGAGGUGAGUCUGAGUAAGGCUCGUCCAGGAGAAGUAGCUGGCUACAUGGCCACAGCACCAGGGUUGCUAAAGGUGUGCGAGACCUUCGUCGCUUGCAUCAUAUUUGUCUUCAUCAGUGAGCCCAUAUCAUAUGAUCAGAAUGCGGCCACCAAUUGGUGCCUGGCCGUGUACUGCAUCUGCUUCAUCUUGUCAACAGCUAUUAUUGUGAUGUGUGUAGGAGAGUGCACAGGUUGCUUGCCCUUCUCCUUCGCCCGUUUCCUGUCCACAUAUGCCCUCCUGGCUGUGGCCUUGUAUUUGUCUGCCACCAUCAUCUGGCCCAUUUAUAAGUUCGACAAGAAGCACGGAGGCCAGAGCCACAGACCCAGUCACUGUGGCUCCAGCAUAGGCCUGUGCGAUUGGGACAAGGUGCUGUCCAUCUCCGUCCUCAGCGCUCUCAACUUCGUUCUCUAUCUGGCUGAUCUCAUCUACUCAGCCAGGCUAGUGUUUGUUACCGUUUAAGGGGUUUAGCAGGAAUUAAAAGGUACAAAAGAAAGGCAAAACAAUAAAAGACAGAAAAAGGGAAGUGGGUAAGAGAGUAGCAUGUUGAAAUGAUAGGUCAUGAACUAUAUUUACUGUUAGCUAUAUUUCAUGUCAUGCCUGUUUAGCGAUCUUUUCUACAGAUGACAACAAAUAUUGACUUUGAAAAGUUUUUUUUUUUUUUUUUUUUUUU